GCAAACGGUGCCCCGUCCGAUGUCAUGGUCGUGAGAUCUGACAACGGAGGAGAGUUCUUUGAGGGAGUGUUCAGCAGGGUGUGCCGAAAGUACUGCAACAAACAGGAGUUCACCCCCGCACACAGUCCGGAAUACAACGGUGUAGCUGAGAGAGCACUGGGUCUGAUCAAGGAUGCAGCACUAGCCGCCCGUAUCCAAGCGCCAACUCUUUACCCCGGAGCACCGAACUACCCAUCCCUUUGGGCCGAGGCCAUAGCUUGGUCAUGCAACGCCCUGAACUGCACCUCCACCACAUCCAACCCAGAGAAGAAGUCGCCGUACGAGAUGUGGCACGGGCACCCUCCCCCGCCGGGGGCGACGUACCCGUUCCUCAAACCUGCCGUAUACAAGGUCAAGCGCACACACAAGUCCGAGCCAAAAGCCCAAAAGUGUUUUUACCUCGGCCCGGGAAUCAACACCAACCGUGAUUGCGUGCGCAUCCUCAACGAAAAACGCCGAGCGAUCACAACUCGCAACUUCACCUCGCAACCCGUGCCCGCGGCUUCCGCCGCCCUGCCCCAGUCGCUGCCUCCCAUCGCAGAGGAGGAAGAGGAAUUCGCGACUGAGGAGGACGAGGUUGGGGAGGGCGCGUCGAACCAAGGUGGAGGGAGGGCGGAGAGAGAACCUGUGGAUGGAGGACCAGGUUUCAACCUUGGCACGACGGCAGCCCCAGGGCCCGCGGGGCCGCCCGCGCGCGCAGCGCCGGCGGCACCACCGGCUGCGCCCCAGGAGUCGGGCGCGGGCGACGCUGGCGAUGGCGCCCCCUCGAGCAGGGAGAGCGCGAGCGUCGCCCCAUCUACCACGUCGACCGGCACGGCCGAUGUGGGCGGCGGCGAGGACGACCGCCGCAGCAGCAGCAGCCGCGGUAGCGGCGG